CACAUGCGCUCGUGGCUCACCUGUCUGUUGUGUUUUGUGUGGUUCACUGCCUCUGCCUCAUGACGUGCAUCCAGUGUGUAGUGGUGCCAGAGGCGUUACUGUGUUGUGGCAUUGGUGUAUAGUGGUGUUGUGUCAUUACUGUUGUGCAGGUGUACUGAUGGGUCGGUGGGGUCGCAGGGGUGUAAAGCCUGAACCCAGGGAGAAGCCGAGAGCCUCCCGCAGUGGCUCAUACAGCGACGACUACCGCAUCACGCCUGAGCUGCAGUUGUCUGACGCCCACAAACACCCACACGCCCUCAAGAUGUUGGGUGAGGCGCGGGUGGGCGGUAAGGCGUGCUGUUCCCAGUAUGACCGGUGCUGUGGUGGGAACGGUCCCUGCUGUUCCCAGGACGAGCGCUGCUACACCCCGGACCCCACGCGACGGUACAGUCCCCGGCGGGGUCGCAGCGCCUCCGCAAAUGCAGGGUCGCGACGCGGGUCGUUCGGGGGCGUGGAGGUGGUGGUGGUGGACGAGGACCACGUGGACCUUCGCCAGGCAGUGUGCACCUCGUGCGAGUCGUGUGACACUUGCCACUGGGCCUCACAGUCCAUCACCAGGAUAGAACUCAAGAAUCACCUGUUUACGUCACCGAUGAGCCAAGAACACCAGCCUGGACUGCACGAAUACAACGGGCGAGCCCAUUCCUCCCCCACACGUGGUCACGGCAGCCCACAAAGGCGCUACAAUGUUACGGAGGGCGAUGGGCGGCGCCCUAUGGCCGUCCUAGACAACAGCAGUGGACGACAUGGCACCGUGGAGGAUGUGAGGGUGAGGGGUAAGCCCCAGGGCAGGGGUACGCGACCCGGCAGUCACACCCAUAUCAGCAACGUACAGAGGGCAGCCAGUGCCCGCAGGACACCCCUGGACGUCCGUGACUCCGCCCAAGGCCGCAUUAGCCGCAGGGACGCUCACAGGUACAAGCAACACUCAGAGACAGGGGCACCGGCGCUGGAGGUAGUGGGCACUAGGCCGCCCUCCCUGUACGUGACCCAACCUGACCGUGUGACCUCUGACCUCGCCACAGACCAUGACCACGCCCGCCCCAGGAACACAGUGACGUCGCCGGAAAGGAAGACAGGAGGAGGAGGAGGAGGAAGGGAGGACGAUGGAGAGUCAGGGGGUCGCGGCGGAGGAGGAGGAGGAGGGGGGACAUCGUCAGCCUUAGGUAGUACCCCAGGCAAGAAGCAAGAAGCCCAAGGCAAGAUGUCCGUGACCCUCAGUAAACGUGACUUACUCAACCAUAUGGUGAGCCAGACCAAGCAACACCGCCAGCAGAUCAGGAGCCUGGAGAACGAACUUGAGCGGCUGCGGUCUGGGGACAUGCUGAACAAGUGUGAAGUAAGCGUGGGUGAUGUGGAGUGGCGCCCCGGGGAUGUGGUGGGUGAGGGGUCCUUCUCCACCGUGUACCGCGGCACUUACUGCGGCACUGAGGUCGCCGUCAAGGAGCUCAAGUUUAAACUAUCUCAGGAUGACAAGAACUACUUCCGGUCGGAGUCAGCGCUCCUGCAGCAACUGCACCACCCACGGGUCGUCCUCCUGAUGGGGGUGUGUACGGGAGCCGCCAGACCCUUCAUGCUGCUCGAGUACCUUUCAGGGGGUACACUGUACAACCUGAUCCACUCCACCACACGCGAGAGGCUGGAUCACGCAGCGUACUUCGUGGUGGCCAAGGAUGUGGCUCAGGGCAUGAACUACCUUCACAAACACGAGCCACAGGUGCUGCAUCUUGACCUUAAGUCAAUGAACGUACUCCUCGACUGCUACUACCGUGCUAAGAUUGCCGACUUUGGCUUCUCCAUCCUAAGGCGAUCAAGAACUGGAUCUCCUGCUCAGCGGGGCUCCAUCAGAGGCACACCUGCUUGGAUGGCUCCAGAGUUACUGACGAAAGGUGAUGUAUCUGCCAAGUGUGAUGUGUACAGCUAUGCCAUCAUCCUAUGGGAAAUGCUCACUGCCAGCCAUCCUUUCAAGGGCCUCGACAUCUUCCAGAUCAUGGAGACCAUCGAGGCUGGGGGUCGCCCUCCCCUUCCCUCUAGUGGAGUGUCCCGAGAACUGAAGGAGUUGAUUACAUCAUGCUGGGCCCAGAACCCUUCCCUCCGCCCCAGCUUCGAGGAAAUUCUGGGGGCGCUGGAGUCAGCAGCAGUACCAGUGUCAUGGCGCGGAGUGCUGCAGAAGGCCAAUAUCGCCCCCUCCCUCCUCUCUGAUGUGGCCGCUGCCAGGACGAUCAUUGGGGUGGUAGAGCAGAGUGUGGAGCUGAUGCGUCGCUCCCUGCAGCUCCAGCGAGCAAAUAGAAACAGAAAUAAAGAGAAAGAGGUGGCGAAGGACGAGCAACAGCCACAUGUGUACGAGACCUUAGAUGCAGUCACCUUUGGCCCCGCCCGUCUCUCUACCAGGGACGAGAAAGGGGGUAAAUCGUCGAGGUCUCCCCGUGAGCAGUCUUCCCCCGUCCACCAUGCCUCGCCCUCACGACGACCUUCCCCCAGCAAGCAGCCUCGCCAGCGGGAGGUGUCAUCAGCACGACAAAAGUCCUCGGGGCGGAGUCCUGAGCGAGACCGCCAGCGUGAGCCAGCACCAAGGGAUGAUGGUCGUCGUCGCUCACCGGACAAGAGGUCACGUCCACCUCGUAGUGACUUCAGCAGGGUAGGAGCCGCCAGAGACAUUCGGGACAAUAGUGUGGACCGCCGGGGAGGGAGAAAGGGAGUCAGCAGAGAACGAGGCAGAGAGCAGCUUGUUGACAGUCGCCAAGAAAGUAAAGAUCGUCGUAAAGGCAACAGACAUGGUCCAGAGUACAAGAAAGAUAGAGAAAACAAAGGAAGAGAUGUAAGAGGUGUAAAAGAACGAAGGAAGGAGGAGAGAGAAACAAGAGAGAGAAUAAGAAAGAGCAGAGAUCGUGACUUGGGCAAUUAUGAGUGGGAGGACGAACGCGGUUACGACCGUGGUCGGCGGGCGCCCAAACAAGUUCAUGAGCGAAGAAAUGUUAACAAUAUAGAAAACUAUCCCCGUGACAGACGGUCCAAUAGCCUGGAGAGUCGCAGGGAACGAGUGGAUUGUCGCUCUAGCAGCAGAGACCACCAGUCCAGCAGCAAUGAACGACGUUUUAGUAGCAGUGAUAGACACUCUGAACUUCGUAGAGAGAUUCGCCGACGCAACAGGUUCUACAGUAGAGAGCGACAGUCCUCUAGGGAGCAGAGAGGGGGUGGGAAAAGACACAGCAGAAGUGGUGAGCGUUUAGCAGACAGCAGAGACAGUCUGGGUGACAGUCCGGACGAAUCAUGGACCAGCCUCGAGGGAAGCAGCUCAGCAGGGUCCAACAAUGUCUUGGAUGACCCAGACGACCAUCGUCAAGUGAGAGACCAAAGGAGGUAUUCCUCGAGUCCAAGAAGGCGUUCACCUGAGCGACGGUAUUCCCCCACAGUUCGUAACUCGGAACAUCAUCGCCGCUCACCAGAUCGCCACCAUAGCCCAGAGUAUCACCACAGUCCUGAGAGGCGGCACUCUCCCCGCAGCCCACAGAGACGCUCAAGGAUCCGUACCCCUGAAAACCGGCGGGUAGAUUCUGGAUCACGUUUGGGUCCCCUAGUAACGUCAGAACAGCUAAUGAGUCAGAAACAGCGCCUGCGUCCUGUGCGGCCUGCGGCACUCUCUGACCUGACAAACAUGCCUGAACACUCCCUCAAUGACAUUUCCCUCAUCCUCAAAACAGCCAUUACUAAACGGCGUGAUGCCUUCGAUGAGGGACUCAGUGGCCGUGACACUUUCCGCUCAGAAGAUGUGGACUGGUCAGAUUGGCACUGAGGGACUACGGGGUGCCAGGAACUACCAAUCAUUACUGCUAAAAUUGUCCUUUUAUAUAGUGUGGGGACACCUUAGUCAACCCGCUAACCGCUGGAGUGCUGCAAGACUUGACCAGUUAACAAGACUUCCAAAAGGGAUUUUGCAGUGAUUGAAGGUGCACCUGGUAGCGAGGACGACUGUGGUGCUGAUGCCUCACAGUUGGUGCAGGUACUCCAAGAUAGCUCAGAACAAACAGCAUGAGGGGAGUCAGUAGGUGCCCUCACAGUCGUAGCUGAAACCUUUAUUUCUCUCGCACUCACACACGUCACCGUAUUGGUAGUGUAAGUAAUGUACCGUGCCUGUGUAGGUAGGAACAAGCAGUGGAGAUGCGAAUUUAGAUAACGUUCACCAACAGUUAUGUUACCAAAACACAACAGUUCUUGGAUGGCUGGAGGCUGAGGAGCACUGUACAAGUACAGGUAUGUGAAUGCUGGUCUUGCUUUGACCUUCAAAGUGACCUUCAGCAUUUACACUGUAAGUGGCACCUAUAAGUAUUUCUACUUUUGAAAAUGGAGUAGUUUUGUAUAGAGCUGGUACAUAAUAUCCCUUUACUACAGUUGUAAUAUUUUUGUUUCAUAUAAAAUAAAUGUUUGUUAAA